AUGAAUGCAAUCCCCCACCAACCCCCUCCGCGUUCUCAAUCUUCAAAUAUGCCAUCUCUACUAAGACUGCCGUCAGAGCUCAUCUUGUCCAUCUUCUACUAUCUCGAGCCCCUGUCGCUGUCCGCCAUCAAAUCAACAUGCCGCACACUCCGCAAGCUAGUUCAGAGCAACGAUGCCCUCCUACGCACCAUGAUAGACUCAUAUCUCCCUGGUCUGCCCGGACACCACGCCGACUACCACGGCCCAAGCCUCUUGCACUACUUUUCGCAGCUAUCCGCAAGGUCCCUCUGCCAGCCCGGAGUCCUGUCGCCCGACCUCACUCGUUUCCUCAAUCCACCACACCGAUACCACGCGAAGACGGCCGUCCUGCUACCCUGUUCGCACUCCGGCCUCGGCCUCCAUUUCCACGCCGCUGCGCUCUGUAUCGACGAUCAGUCCAUUCACAUCUUCUUUAUCAAUCCUGCCACCGGUGUACGCCGCGUCUCCUAUAUCGCCCCGUACCCUCCGCACCCCUAUCGCAUGCGCUUUACCGAUCUCGUCUUCCAUUCCGACCCCGAAGCUUCAGCACCUGCGUCCUCGGAAUCGCCUCCCGGCCUCUGUCCGCCCUCCCUGAGCGUGCUGUAUUCAUCCGAGUCCGCCGUCACCCCAGCCUCGCCCAAACUCGACAAAGGACAACCAUUCCUGACCCCUGACGGACUAUGCACCGCCCGUGCCUUCACCCUCGUCGACUACCAGCUCCUCGAGCACGAAGAAGCCAUGCCCGUCGAGGAACGCGGGGCGUAUGAGGAGAAGCAAGACAACUCGCUCCUGCUCCCCUGGUCCGACGGCCUGGCAUACUCAUCCGCUUCAGCCAACCUUGUCUCCGUCGUCCAGCACGACAGGCCCCGCGUCGAGUAUCACAUCGGCCCGCCCGCAUACCCGGCCAAGCUAUACAUCUGGUCUGCCGCUCCAUCCCGUUCCGCCACCGCCGACAACGCCCUCGCCGACCUUCCUCCCCUUCAGCAACCCUCAAAGCUAUCCACGCAUAGCUUCCCCACCCAACACCCAUCCUUCCUCUCCAAACUGUCCUGGCGCACCCCCGACCUCCUCGAACUAUCCUCCCCCGCAAACCGCAUGCCCGCCUCCCUAUACAGCCUCCAGCGCGGCUUCGUCAUCCUCGAACUCCCCCCAACCCACCUCCUCCUCCCAGCCCCCAACCCACCCCUCUCCUUCAUCGGCCCCCGACAAGGCCUCCUCUUCACCUGGCACCACAACUGCCUCCCCCACAACAACCCCCGCUGCCUAACCUCAACCCUCCACCUCCUCGUCCACGCCCAUCCCCCAAUCUCACUCCCGGGCCUAGAACCGGGUAUAUACCUCACCAAAGCCCUCUCCACCACACCCCCCUGCGCCCCCUUUGACGUCUCAGCAUCCGACCCGUCCGAGCCCGUGCACCAGCGCUAUGUCGCGCGCCUCGUAACAACACCAGCGAUCGACGUCCAGCAUAUCUCCUCGGCAGGGCUAUGCAUUGCCUUUUCGCCGCUGCGGGCAAGGAUCGCAGUGGCGGCGUGGGGCACCGUGUGUGUUUUUGCGGUCGAGGCACGCGGGCUUCUGGAUGUGGGCGGGCGGGAUCGGCGGUGGUGCUUGGGGUUUGAGGAGGAUGAGGAUGGUGAUGGUGAUGGAGAAGAAGACGACGACAACAACAACCCACCCCGCCCCGAUUCGCCCACAUACCACCCCUCCAACGCCUCGCCAGAUUGCAUCGUCGAUAUCGCGCCGAGUCUCACGCUAUCGUUGGAGAAGGACAACAACGGCAACAACGGCAACAGUCCCAGCACCAACGUAAUCUACAACAUUGCAUUCAGCGCCGAAGAAGAACUCUGGGCGUGGACUAGCGGCAGCGGGCUCGUGAAAUGGCACUUUGGCGCUGGGGCGAGUGGGAUGGAGCGGACGUGUGGGAUUGAGGAUGAUGUCGUCUGA